AUGGCCCCCAAAAGAAGGAAUAAAGGCGAAGCUCUGGGGGAAAACAAGGAAGGGGUUGCCUUGAAGAAGGUUGCUUUUAAAGAUGUGGCAGUGUACUUCACCAAAGAGGAAUGGCAACUGCUGGACCCAAAGCAGAAAGCAUUGUAUGAGGUGGUGAUGAUGGAGAACUAUGAGAAUGUGUCCUCCUUGGAAGAACUUGAGACACACCUGAGAAUGGAUAUUGGAGAGAAACCUUACAGAUGCCAGGAGUGUGGGAAAGGCUUUGCUCAAAAGUCAGUCCUUGUAGUCCAUCAGAGGGGCCACACAGGAGAGAAACCUUACAAAUGCCAACAGUGUGGGAAAGGCUUUGCUCAAAGGUCCUAACUUUUGGC